GUAGGUACUUUAUAAAUUAAAAGUAAUGUAAUAAGGAGGUAGAUAGUCUAGCUCGUUAGAAAAUAGAAAAUUAACAAGAUAAAUACAAAGGAUAAAUAUUACUAAUUUACAUUAUUAAAUAGUCUGAGUGAAUCAGUGAAAUUCUGGAGAAUGCAUUAGAUAUGCGGAUUUAUAAUCACUUUAGAAAAUACAAAAUAUGCUCAAUGCACUUCACACACCACUGUUGAAGUGUUGAUAAAAUAUUACGUAUGAGUACCUACAUAUUCUUUUUAUUUUAUUGAAAACGAUUAACAAUUUUAGAACCUCCUAAAAUGGAAAUAUUUUUAGAAUUUGUUCUAAUAUUGUAUAUAUUUAUCGAGCCUACAAAUUUACAACUUCUUAUAAAUGUUCGGAAUCAGCGUGGAGAUGUAAUGCAGGAAAAUAUAACUGCUAAUGUUUCCGAGGAUACUGUUACUCUCGAGUUUCUUCGUCUUGAUGGUGUUUAUGUUUCUCAACUUGUUGAUUUCACCAAUGAGGUGGAGGCAAUGAAAAUAAUAAUACCAGGAGAGGAAGAGUUGGGCCAAACUAAUCAUCAAAUACUGUGUUUCCUCACUCAUGCUGCUCAGGCAGAUUUUAUAGCACCAGAUGCAAUGGCCAAAUUAAGACAGAAAAACCCCGGAACAGUGCGUGUUGCGGAGGAGGACAAGGGCUGGCGACAAACAACAGCAACAGCUUGGGCCGGUCGUAUCACACGUUUGUUGUCCCCAGCAGCAGCUCGACAUUGUGGACCUGCUAAAGAUAAGGUCUAUUUACGAGCUGCUGACCUCAGUAGGUGGGCUCCUAGGCCAGGAAUGGAGCUUACUACCUUCACAUCGGAAAUCAACCCUUUUCCUGAACGAGCCCUGGCUGCCGACAGUGCAGAUGGUGCUCCACUUGUGGGAGUGUGCAGUGCAGAUACAGACCGGGCCACUGACUGCAUCUGUCAUUUUGAGGUAUGUGUGAAUUGGUAUCCAUGUGGAUUAAAAUACUGCAAAGGGAAACCUCAAGGUGGUUUGAGCUAUAGGUGCGGCAUUAAGACAUGUCACAGGUGCUACCGCUAUCACUUCUAUGUGAGGCACCGGGACUCUUGCCUCAGCUACAUGUGACCCCACGCUGAGCCUGUGGGCUCACUCUGCCAAACUCUUGAUCUAGUCAUUGCCUUAGCAUUUAUAAUGUAUUUUUAUAACUCAUGUUGGGUGAAAGACAAUAAGUACUUUUUUCUAUUUUUGUAAUGGAUUUUUCUUGGUGCUGCAUUAUAUAACUAAGAAUAAAUGUUACUUUUUAACUAUUGUUUA